CUCAUGUCGUCAUGGAAGUCGUCCUCUCGGCAACAUACAAACGUAAAUGAAUCUUCUGCGGGUGAUAUCACCGUUAUGGAAUUAACGCUGCUCUACGUUGCGACGAGACUUAAUUUGGGGGGGGGGGGAGUCGCUCUUCGACAGUUGUCAUGGAAACCGAUGUAACGGGAAAUUGCCCGUCUUGUACGGGAUACUCUACGGCGCCAAUCAGCGUGCGAGCUUCGGGGUCACAUGGUCUAACGACGUCAUCGCUACGCGUAGUGCAGGAAGUCGUUGCGCCUCAUGUCGUCAUGGAAGUCGUCCUCUCGGCAACACACAAACGUGAAUGAAUCUCCUGCGGGUGAUAUCACCGUUAUGGAAUUAACGCUGCGACGAGACUUAAUUUCGAGGGGGGUGAUUAAAUGUUCCGUUUCAAGACGCAUCCACGUUUACUGACUGGCGAAUUAGGCGGAGGCUUCCGGGUUGAUAACCUUGUCUCUCGGCUCGGCCGCCGGUGUGAGUUUGAGACAAGCUCGUCUGGCUUUGCCCACCACGACGACGAUGAUGAUGAUGAUGAUGAUGCGGGGCAGCACACAGCUGGCCGCCGGGUUCGGUCGGAUGUCCAAGGGUUUUAUGAGCGUUGGUCCAUCGGCGCACAAACGGGCUCAGCUCAGCCUCCCCUCCGCCUGGGGAGCGACGCUCAGCGCCAACGGCAUGUUCUCCGUGUCGGCCCUGCCAUGGCCCUUCUCCUCCCGGCCUCGGGAUUUCAGCCUGCCGAACUCCUCCUGGGGCUCUGAGAUGAUGCGGCUGUAUGAUCACUACAACAACCAAUGUGAGGUGACGACGGAGAGCGGAAAGAAAACAAAAGGGCCCUGGAAAAGACUGCCGAGCUAUAACCGCUCACUCAAGUAUGCCACAGGUGGCAUUCAUCUGAGUAAGAUAAUCCAGUCAGAGGCUCGUCUCUUUACUCGCAACAGUGGAGUUCAGGGGGCAGCGUUCGAAUACGUCAUGUUCCACAGCGAGGAGGAGCAGAAGUGCGUGUGUGUGUUCCAGGCUGGGCAUCUGCUGGAGGGGCCACCAGGGUAUGUCCAUGGGGGGGCGAUAGCCACUAUGAUUGACUCUGUGACGGGGACCCACGCCACCUUCAUCUCUGGACCCGUCAUGACUGCCAAUCUAAAUAUCAACUACCGCAGCCCCAUCACACUGGGUGGCACCGUGCUGCUCGAAUCCUCCUUGGACAAGAGGGAAGGCCGGAAAACCUUUGUUUCGUGCAAAGUGACCAGCACAGACGGUGCCAAACUCCACACAGAGGCGACCGCGCUGUUUCUGUCAAUCAGCGUAGGCCACCUGUUAAGAGGCUGACGCACGCCGGCCCACCGACCGCCCGGCGUCUCCAGGAUGAGCGGGAGCACGGAGAGUGUGGACGUGUUGCAGCUUGAGCGAGCACUUACGAGGACACCCGUUUGCUAGAUUUACAGCAACUUCUGUAAAAGGGUAUGGUUUCUUCUUCUCCUCGGAAGGUUGCCUAAUGUCCGGUCCACUUUUGACCCGCGUGUUGAGUCGGCGUCGAGAGGCGAAUGGAAACGGCCCGUUACACAGGCUCCGCAUGCAAACACAGAAUACUGUUUCAUAAAAACAGUUUCAUCUUUUUUUUUUCUUUUUCUUUUUUUUUUUUAAUCCACUGCCUGUUUUUGCUGAUAUACUUCAACUACUACUGAUAUACUUUAACUCCUACUGAUAUACUUCAACUACUACAGAUAUACCUCAAGUACUGGAGCCUUACGUAGUAUCUGAACUUUGCUCUGAGUUAUUUACAGUGUGUUUUUAGUAUUAUUUACGAUUACAUAUAAGGGGAGCCUCUCAGAAUAAUAAUAAUAAUAAUUAUUGUUAUUAUUAUGGCAUGAAGUUGAAGGAAAUUUGUAUAAUAAUAGUAACUUUAUGUAAUAGUUACAAAGUGCUUUACAAAACAAUAAAACCAGACAGGGCCGACAUGAGAAAGCUGCUCAUUAUUUAUUAUAAAUUAUUAUUUGUUAUCCCAGAAAGUUCAGUCUGCAGGAUUACUGUGGGAUUACUGGCAUCAAGACAGAUAAUUUGAUGUAAUUCAUUAUUUAACAUGUAACAUUGUGAAGUAACGUUGCUUCAAAUAAAGCCUCGCCCUGGGCCUUGGUGUACAUAAUAAAU